GAAAAUAAGCUAGUGGGCACGAGCAUCUUGCAGCUGGUGGUGACAGACAGAGACUCCUUUCAAAAUGGGCCUCCCUUCUCAUUCUCUAUUUUGUUGGGAAAUGAAGACCAGGAGUUUGUGUUGGAUCCUCAUGGGGUCCUUCGGUCAGCAGUGGUCUUCCAGCACACAGAGUCUCCAGAAUAUGUGCUGUGUGUCCAGGCGAAGGACUCAGGCAAACCACAGCAAGCUUGUCAUUCCUACAUUCGAGUGCGGGUCAUCGAGGAAAGUAUCCACAAGCCCACAGCCAUCCCCUUGGAAAUUUUCAUUGUCACCAUGGAGGAUGACUUUCCUGGUGGGGUCAUUGGGAAAAUCCAUGCCACAGAUCAAGACAUGUAUGAUGUGCUCACAUUUGCCCUGAAAUCGGAGCAGAAAAGCUUGUUCAAAGUAAACAGUCACGACGGGAAAAUCAUUGCCUUGGGAGGCCUGGACAGUGGCAAGCAUGUCCUAAAUGUGUCUGUGAGUGAUGGCCGCUUCCAGGUGCCCACUGAUGUGGUUGUACACGUGGAGCAACUGGUACGCGAGAUGCUGCAGAACACCGUCACCAUCCGCUUUGACGACGUGUGCCCUGAGGACUUCGUGGGGCUGCACAUGCAUGGGUUCCGGCGCACCCUAAGGAAUGCAGUUCUCACUCAGAAGCAGGACAGCCUGCACAUCAUCAGCAUCCAGCCUGUGGCAGGCACCAACCAGCGGGACAUGCUGUUCGCAGUGGAGAUGCACAGCAGCGAGUUCUACAAGCCAGCCUACCUGAUCCGGAAGCUGUCCAGUGGCAGGCGGCACCUGGAGAACGUCAUGUGCAUCUCAGCUAUCCUGGAGAAGAACUGCUCGGGUCUGGACUGUCAGGAGCAGCGUUGUGAACAGGGCUUGUCACUGGAUUCCCACGUGCUCAUGACCUAUAGCACAGCUUGCAUCAGCUUCGUGUGUCCACGUUUCUAUAGGAACGUGCGUUGCACCUGUAAUGGAGGACUAUGCCCAAGGGCUAACAAUCCCUGUUUGGAGAAGCCAUGUCCAUGGGAUAUGCAAUGUGUCGGUUAUGAAGCCAGCAGGAGACCAUUCCUCUGCCAGUGUCCACCAGCGAAGCUCGGAGAGUGCUCAGGGCACACUUCUCUCAGCUUUGCUGGAAACAGUUACAUCAAAUACCGGCUUUCAGAAAACAGCAAAGAAGAAGACCUGAAGCUAGCUCUGCGCCUGAGAACCCUGCAAAGCAAUGGGAUUGUAAUGUACACCUGAGCAAAGCCCUGCAUGAUUCUGAAGAUCGUGGACGGCAAGCUGUGGUUCCAGCUGGACUGCGGCAGCGGCCCUGGCAUCUUGGGGAUCUCGGGUCGCACUGUCAACGAUGGGAGCUGGCACUCGGUCUUCCUGGAGCUCAAUCGCAACUUCACCAGCCUGGCCCUGGACGACAGCUACGUGGAGCGGCGCAGGGCGCCCCUCUACUUCCAGACCCUGAGCGCCGAGAGCACCAUCUACUUCGGCGCCCUGGUGCAGGCGGACAACGUCCGCGGCCUGGCGGACACGCGGGUCACGCAGGUGCUCAGCGGCUUCCAGGGCUGCCUGGACUCGGUGGUUCUGAACAACGAGCUGCCGCUGCACAACAAGCGCAGCAGCUUCGCCGAGGUCGUGGGCCUGACCGAGCUGAAGCUGGGCUGCGUGCUGUACCCCGACGCGUGCCAGCGCGGCCCCUGUCUGCACGGGGGCAGCUGCACCGGCCUGCCCUCGGGGGGCUAUCAGUGUUCCUGUCUCUCACAGUCACGGGGGAGAAACUGGGAGUCCGAGAUCACAGCCUGCUUCCCAAACCCCUGCCAGAAUGGAGGGUCCUGUGAACCCGAUGAAACACUUUUCCUCUGCAGCUGUAAAACUGGGCUCACCGGAGUCCAC